GAAACACUCGACCCCAUGAACCGAACCUCCAAGCGAGACAAACAGACUCUCACGCGCGUCAAAAUGUCACGUGCCUCGAUAUGCAAAAUUAUAACGGCUGUGGGAGUAGCUCAUAUUCUUUUAGGCAUAAUAAUGGUGCGUUGGCUUCAAAGUGGCUCUAGUGUGGUGGACAAGAGAUCUGCAAAGGAACAUUUGUCCAGUCGUGAGAGCGAACCAACGUGCGGUGCAAGAAGCCAGGAAUCUUCAAGCAACAAAAUGGCUGACGCUGCUGUUAUUGAGAAGCUGGAGGCUGGCUUCAAGAAACUUGAAGCCGCCACUGACUGCAAGUCUCUCCUGAAGAAGUACCUUACUAAGGCUGUCUUCGACCAGCUCAAGGACAAGAAGACCUCCCUGGGAGCCACCCUCCUCGACGUCAUCCAGUCCGGUGUGGAGAACCUGGACUCUGGUGUUGGUAUCUAUGCUCCCGACGCAGAGGCCUACACCCUCUUCGCUCCCCUCUUUGACCCCAUCAUCGAGGACUACCAUGUUGGCUUCAAGCAGACCGACAAGCACCCCAACAAGGACUUCGGUGAUGUUACCUCCUUCGUGAACGUUGACCCCGAGGGCAAGUACGUCAUCUCCACCCGCGUUCGCUGCGGUCGCUCCAUGGAGGGUUACCCCUUCAACCCCUGCCUCACUGAGGAUCAGUACAAGGAGAUGGAGUCCAAGGUUUCCUCUACCCUUUCUAGCCUUGAGGGCGAGCUCAAGGGUACCUACUACCCCCUCACUGGCAUGGGCAAGGAAGUCCAGCAGAAGCUGAUCGACGACCACUUCCUCUUCAAGGAGGGUGACCGCUUCCUGCAGGCCGCCAACGCUUGCCGCUACUGGCCCAGCGGCCGUGGCAUCUACCACAACGACAACAAGACUUUCCUUGUCUGGGUCAACGAGGAGGAUCACCUCCGCAUCAUCUCCAUGCAGAUGGGCGGUGAUCUCGGCCAGGUCUUCCGCCGCCUCACCUCCGCUGUGAACGAGAUUGAGAAGAGGAUUCCUUUCUCUCACCACGACCGCCUGGGCUUCCUCACUUUCUGCCCCACCAACCUUGGCACCACUGUGCGCGCCUCCGUCCACAUCAAGCUGCCCAAGCUUGCCGCUAACCGCGAUAAGCUUGAGGAGGUCGCUGGCAAGUACAACCUGCAGGUGCGCGGCACCCGCGGUGAGCACACUGAGGCUGAGGGCGGCAUCUACGAUAUCUCCAACAAGCGCCGCAUGGGUCUGACUGAGUUCCAGGCUGUCAAGGAGAUGCAGGACGGUAUCCUUGAGCUCAUCAAGAUGGAGAAGGAGAUGUAAGAAGCUUACUUUUAGUUACUACAGUCAUUUCCGGCUCUCAACCCCCUAUGGGUGGGGGCGAGCUGGCUUUAACUGUGGCGGUGUAGGAGGAGGGAGCGCCCUUAGCCAUGGUCUUAGAUCCUAACGGAUGAAGUCCAAGGAGAAGGGCGUACCGGAUGGAGUGAGUCACCCAACUGUGAGAAGCUCCGGUAACAUUCCAGGCUACCCGGAGCUUUUGGGGGGGGCGACAACUGUAAAUACCACCACGUACAUGAUUGGUAAUGCUACCCCCAUCUAUAAUCACAAAUAUAUUAAAAAAUUAAACUUAAA